CACUAGACCAUAGAAAGUAAUCACCAUCAGCAACGUGUUUGCAUAAAAAGAAUAGAUGCAGUUUACACAAGUUGGUCGUGAUGGUAAUCCAUAAUCUCACGAUGUGCAUAAAAUCAUUCUGAAAAACAGAAUUCAUGACUAAGAUGUAUUCAAAUAAAUUGAAGACACAAUUCUCAUUGGUUGCAAUCAACACAAUGAGAUGAAUCGGAUGAGUGUGCAUAACUUCUCACCAUGUUACUGUAUGCAAUUUAUUUGUUAUGUGGUUAUCUCAUAUCUGGUAGUGUUUGACGUGGUGAUUGAAAGUGAUGACGACAGCAUUUGUGACGUUGUUAUUCUUCCAAACAUUUUUGGUAUGUCUUCCAUAUACUUUGUAUUGUCGAUUACUAUGUUAAGCCCACAUAACUUAUUCUAGCUUCUGGACAGGUCAAUUUAUCAAUUCUUGAUGAGUUAUAAUUUUGACCUUGCUAAUUGUUCGCUUAUCAACCUUGACUGUUUUAACGCAAGCAUAUGUGUGUGCGUUUAUUAUCCCAUUCAUCACAUGUCUGUAACGUACUUUUGUGUGACUAUAAAUAUCGAUUAAUGCUUGGUUGAAAAAGAGUUGGCUCACAUGCUUUUCCCACCGCCCAUCAUUCCGUUUUGCUCCGUUCCUUUGAUCGUCUGCCUGGAUUAAUGAUUGUACAAAAUAUACGUAUUCGAAAUCCUCUCUCGUAUUUGACUUAUUUUAAUUCCAAUAUUCACUAACGUGAGUUAAUUCCAUGAUAAUAUACGAGGAUUGACGAUGUGUUGAUCUCAAUAUCAAUCAUUCGUACGAUCCAAGUGGAGACAAAUAUGUGUCCCACAAAAGUGGUGAGUCCGUCGAUUACAUCGUCUGAUCUGAUUGACGUCAAAAUGAAGAGCCCCACUGAAGCUUUCGUGGAUUCACUUUGUAAAGAAGAGUAAGAAAUAUUGUGAGACUAGCCUAAUUUGGUGGCAUGCAGAAAAUGAGUGAAUUUGAUUAUACAUUUUGAAGAUGAUUGUCAAAAAUAAAGUGAUUUCAGAUAUCUUGAAAGAUUUUGUGGAAGUUGUUGACUUUCAUAGUUUAACCUUAGACAACUACUGAAAAUCAAAAGGCAUUGGAUGGCUGUUCUGUCUCAGUACAGAAUCUCUCAACGGUGUGGACCCACAACCCCAGCAAUCGAUGUUGAAUCUAAGAUCUUCAGAUCUCGUAGCGAACGGUCAUUUUUUGAACCGCUGGACCGUCAUUCAACAGUUUGCAAUUCCAACUUCAGACAGUUUACAGUAAUGAACAGCAAUCUUAGAUGUCUUCGGUGGAUAAUUGUCUCAUUCUUGACAUGGUUGAAUUCUACUAGUGAUGGUUUCUAAAUGGAACUCAGGGGUUUACCUCUUGAAGUGAAAAUGAAUAUAUUCAACAUUUCUGUUGUAUAUCAAUUGCUUCCGAGACAAUCGUUUGCCAUGCAAUUUUAUUACACCUUUUAGGAUCAAGUUUAGAUACCCAUUUUCGACUAACUAAACCAAAAUGGUUUUCUAAUACGACAGAUGUAUCAAGUAGAAAAUAUUUAUUGGCUAUACGCUUGAAAAUAGCUGCACCAUGGAUAGUGAGUAUAUUACAGACCGGUGCACAAAUUUUACUAAGUGAUUCAUUCCCACCUGCUUAUUUGGAAGAAGGCAGAUUGUGUACAUCGCCUGAUAUUAAUUUUUUAAUAUUACGUACAUUAGUUGCAUUUCUGCUACCUUUAUUAACUAGUAUAAUAAUUCUAUUUAUGACUGCGCAUCGAAUACAAACGUUACAAUGUCAACAAAAACAGAAUAAAACAAACAUGAAUUCUUUUAAUAUUCAACAGAAGAAACUUAAUGAUACAAUUAGCUCUCAAGUGAAAAAGCAAUCAACUUGCUGUCUUAUUACUUCUUGUAUAAAUAAAUACUGUCAAUCACGUAAACAUAAAGUGGAAUUAAUCCCCUUAUCUUAUUCCAAUCAUUAUUGUUCUUACGAUCAUAAAAAAAACUCUAAUUCUUUAAGCAGAUUGAAGAAUUUUCAACCUGAAUAUAAAACGUUUCACAGAAUUCAAAAUAAUAAAUUCAUUGAAAAUCGACAUUCAUGGAUAGAAACAAAUCUAAAUGCAGAUGAGGAUAUAUUGAAUUCGAAUCUAAUUAUCGGUGAAGCUAUUGAUAAUCGAACUUGUAUAAGAAAAUAUUCCAAAUCUCUAUCUCAAAAACAUUUACAUUCACCUGUCUUGUUACAUAUGACACCAGUAUCAUCCCUACCAACAACACUAACAACGACAUCUCAAUAUCAACAUGGAUCAAGUUCUUCUGAUGCCGGAAUUUCAAGUCAAACAACUGAAGAGACGGACGAAAUCAUACAGUAUAGCUGGUUUACGCCAAAAAUAAAUAAUUAUGAUAUUAUUAGCACUCAUUCACCCAAUCCUAUUAACAAUUUUGUCAGUAACAAUGAUGAUAAUGAUUGUCCACAGGAAGUAUUAAACAAUAAUCAUCAAAUUGAAAAAGUAAAUGAUAAUAGUUUCCAAAAAAUCAUCAAACAUUUUUGUCCUCAACAUGGUCAAGUAAUAAUACCAGAGUGUUUUUAUAACCCCUUAUUAUCAGUCAUUGAAGAAAUUGAACCAGGUCAAUACGAUGACCAACGAACACAUGAAUUCACACUACAAAAUAAUGAAGUAAUUCCACAAAGUGGACAGAAAAAAAAUAAUUCAUUGAAUAUAAGGAAUGUUAGAUUGCCACCAUCAACAAAUGUAACUUAUGCAUCAUCGUUCACUAGUCAUAUUAUUUUUAACAAGUUAAGUGAUCUAGAUAAAGAUAACGAUUUAUUAUCUGAAACAUGUAAGCAAAACAAUACUUUAUCACAGUCUCGAUCAAAUGACCAAAAGCAACAACAGCAACAUAAAGAGUCACUGAAUCGGCGGAACAGUAAUUCAUGGUCAAAUGAAACCUGUAAACGCUUUCCUGAACAGAAAGCAAUAAAGCUUAACAUGAUUUUAUGUGCGAUAACUAUAGCCAUGUGGUCACCAUUUAUUACUGCAUCUCUUAGUCAUUUGCUGUUGAGUAACUCGAAUUAUUUUCAUCUAUUGUCCAUUGGAACUUUGAUACAUUUUAAAUGGUUAGCUUACAUGAGUUCUGUAGUUUAUCCUGUUGGAUUUUUACUGGUUGAUUCACAGUUAUGCAGAGCUACAUUUUCACAAAUAUAUUGUCGUAAAUUCUGAAAACGUUGCUAACAUUUCCAACCUACUUUGAAACAUUUCAGUAGUAUCCUCUAUAAUAAAGAACAAUUCAUGGACUGGAAAUGUUGGAAUCAGUCUAGGCUAUGGAGGUUACAGUAAGAUUUCACAACCGGUACUUUAUAGGUUCACGAAAUGCGGCACUUCAACAAUAUUGCAUCACAAAUCGUGUAUUUUAUGAAUAUACAAGUGUCUGCUUAAUCCCUUUACAUUUAUUCCGACAUGAUAAGAGAAACUGUUAACCGCUUCAGAUACAUUUGCUUGCCUACAUUAUUUAACUUCCACAUACAGCUAACCUGAUUGUAAAAUGAAGAAAGCUUUGGGAUGAUAUAACUAUAACUAAUAAUAGUUGAUGAAAACAUUGUUGAAAAAUUAAGAUAAACAACAAAAUGUCAUGAAAAAUACAUCACACUAUCUCUCGUUCCCAUGUUGUUUAUUUACAGCAUAUAUUUAAACGAAGGUUUAUUACAGCAUCAAAUGAAUUAUCUUCUUUAAAUGGUUCAAUCUGCAUGCGGUCCAAGAAGCAUCAUCUCUAAUAGUAUUUUAUUUCUUUUUGAUAAAUUCGGUAAAAUGACUAUUACUCUACUUGAUAGUCUUAAUAUAUUUUGUUCACUUUUACUUUCUAUUGUCAAUAGAAUCUAACUCUCUGUUGUC